UUAAUAAUCUGAGAUAUUAUUGUAGAGAGGGUAUUUGGAUGAUCGAGGCUUGUUAUGAACUUGUAGAACUCCUAGACUUGAAGUGACGAAGGUUACCCCUCAGAAUCUCUGCUGAUAGCCAUGCAGAGUUCUAGUGAAAUGAUGGUAGAGAGAUCGAAGCCUGCUAGCGCAGAGCAAGUUACAAGCACUUCAGGCACUGUUGACUUAACCCCAUCGUCACAUAGCGAACUUAUUCAGUCCUCUACAAUGCCGAUGCCUUUGAAAUCGUCCCCUGCUCCAAGCCCAGUAGAUUGCGAGCUGGAAGAGGCGGAUAACCCAAACGCUGGCAUCGAGCAAGCCUUGCAAUCGUUCGUAAGCAAAGAAAUUCAAGAGCGGAUUCAAAAAAUAUUGGAAGAAGUACAACAACUGUCAGAUACUGAAAAAUUGCUGCUUUACCUUCGACUACCAGGAGAGACAGCAACAGAUUCUAAAGAUGACUUUGAUAAUAAUCAAGCUCUUCCCAUCUCCACAACAAGAGCAGAGCAAACACAAGCUUUUCAUUGGAUUCGUUGUCAUUUGGAGGAGUGUGAUAAUAACUCAACACUUCCAAAACAUGAGGUCUAUGAUGAAUACAAAGCUCACUGUGAAAGCAUGAAUGCUGCACGGACAUUGAGUGCCCCUGACUUUGGAAAAAUAAUCAAGUGUGUGUUCCCAAGAGUAAAAGCAAGAAGGCUUGGUACAAGAGGCAAUUCCAAGUACUGUUACAGUGGAAUCCAGAGAAAGAAGAAUGUCAAACCACCCACCCUUCCCACCCUUCAAAUUCCUUCACCCAGUGAAAAAGAAAAGAGUUCAAUGAAUUCAGCAAACAACCUUGCAGGAGGUGACAAAAUAGAAGAGGAUCAAACUUUGUCAGCUGCAUGUCUACUUGUGUGUGAGUGGGCAAACAAACUUCUUGGUCGAGUGUUCAGCACUCUCAUUGAAUUGGCCAAGUUUCUUGUUAGUGGCAGUUAUGUCUCCAGUAAAUCCAUGGCGGCAUAUGUUGUACUGUCUGAUCUUAAUACUCCUCAAAUGGGCCACUCAUCAGUGUCAUUGAUUGCACCUUUAAAGCAAGUGGAGGAGCAACUGGUGCUGACACAUAAACGGCGACAAUCACAACAGUUACCUAAAAAAAUACCUCAACGACAACAGCAAAAGCAGAUUCAACAAAUUCCUGUAAACCCUAUGUUACCACAAGGACAAGCUUUGUGUAGUGCUCCACAACUGCCUCUUAAUUUUAAGACACUGGUCAGUAUAUCAAGUCAGCAGAAGCCAGUACACAUUCAGCCCAAACCGAUACAGCCGUCACUUCAAAGCCCCCCUGCUCAAAUGGGACAGUUUUAUCAGCAACAGCAACCUGGUGGCAACCCAACCACCCCUCCCAGUGGCUAUCCAACCAAGAUUAGACCUAUUACUCCAUCCAUGAUAUCCCCCACCACACCCAUUCAACCUGCUGGGCCCCAGAUAACAUCACCUUUUCAGUCAUCUCCAAAGUUCAACACCCCAGGCACACCUCAAAAUCGUCCAGUUACUCCCAGCUCUGCGAGCGCAACUGCAAGGCACACUCCAAACUCAGCUGAGCCAACUCGCUUUCUUUUCACACCUAUUCCAAAUAGUUCCCAAGAGCAGAGAGUCACCAGGGGAGAAACAAGUCCUCCUACAUUGCGGCCAACUGCCACCCAUCCCAGCCAGUUGUUGAAUGGAGACUGGUCCCAGUCACAGAUGGGAGUAAAUGAUGUGCCAAUGUCACCAAGUAAACAACCACGUCUAAUAAAUCAGAAUGCACCCUCCACUCCAACAUCCAAUCGCAGACCUGGUUCAUUUGCUUACCCCUUACCAUCACCAAGGACACCGCAGCGCAUUGCACCACAGCAGUUUGUUACUUCCCCAACAAUGGCCUCUCCAGGGUGUGGUCGGCAGCUGAACCCCAUCUCUCCCAAUGUCACACAGCGGGGACAAGAAUUUAUGCUUCCUCUAGGGAUCAACAAUGCAGAGAAUGUGGCUCAAACAGGCUUCACACAGAGUGUGAACAUGACAAGUCCUCCAUCAUCUGAUGGAGAUGGGCAUAUGUCUCAGCAACAGUCAAAGCAGGGAAGUUCAGGGAUUAUUGCAAAGUCAUGCAGGUACAGUAGUGCAGCAGAUAAUGGACACAUUUCACAGGCUCCUAUCAUGCAGACACUGGAUUAUUCACCAGAACUGGAGUCAAUCUGUAACCAAGCCACAAGCUCUUCAGGGCAGAUGCCCCCACCUUCAUAUCAACGAAGCCAGUCAGUUCCCCCUUUAACACAGCAUGCACUAGCAGAUCAAAGAUUUCAUCCCUUAACUCCACAGAAUAACCCGCGCCCACGUCACCUGACUCCGUCACCCAUGGAGACACAGUCAAAUCAACAUCUGAAUGGGUUAAAGGAACUUCGCAACAGAGUUCUCCAUGGUGAUGUCAAUAACAAUGGGUCUCGGCCAUCACAGGAAAGUGCUUUUUCUGCACGAAGAAACCUCACACCUAUGCUCAAUGCUGAACAAUCAAAUGUAACUGCUUCAAACUGGGGCGUGUCCCAAGUGAGGACAAACAACAACCCCAGGGGUGCAGAGGACCAUGAAAUGACAAUACUCGAUGCAGGCUUGACAUUUGCAGAUCUCAAUCAUGAAAAUGAUGAGACCUUGUCUGAUCUGAAUACACUGGAUGAUGCUACAACAGAAGCAGUAUUAAGGAACAUUUGUAAUAAUACAUCAGGGGUGUGGCCAACUAGUGAUGUCCAUGCAUGGGGAGGGUCACAGGCACUGGAGAUUAUGGAUUAAGAAAAAAUGCAUUAUUUUUUCUUGGUAAAAACCUGGAUACAAGCUUAUUUAUAUAUAUAUAUAUACAUAUAUAAAUAGAUAUGAAAAAAAGACUCGAUACCAUUUAAUUCCUAUUUGCGGGCUGGAUUUAUUAAAACACCGUAGUUCGUGUCAAUGUUAAUUGAUCCCUGCUUGUGAGUUUCAGUAAUUAAAAAGAUUGUUGUCUUUAUAGUUAUCAGCCUUAGCGACGGUGUGCUAGCGUGGAAUAAACAAUUUUAAAGUGUAAUUUAUAUUUUCUUACCUGUACCAAGCACUUUUUUACUUUUUCAGUGCGAAAUUUUUA